UUAAAUCUAACCUAAAUUUGAAUGUGUGAAAGUUUUAUAAAAAAUAGAGAUAAAUAUAUAUAUGUAUAUAAAAUAAAAUAUAAAUAUUAUGAAAAAAUAUCUAUAAAAAUAAGAAAUCACAAGUACAGGUUCUUACAAAUCAAAACAAUAACAGUAAAACUUUAAAGUGAUUUCAGAAUUCAAAUACGACAAUGGCUAAAGUAUUAAAUCUACUGAAGACGAUACGAAAUAAUUGGAAAAAAUCUGUGUUUGGAGUUACAGCUUUCUCGUACGGAAUUUCGUACGGUAAACAACAAUACGAUGUGGAACAGUUAAUGCGUGAGUGUUGUGAAGAUGUAAGCAGAUACGGAGAUACUGUUUGUCCAACAAAUGUCAAACCUCGCCAUGUAACUGUUAUUUUAAAUCCAGCGGCCAGGAAAAGGAAGGCCAAAAAGUUAUUUGAGAAAUAUUGCGAGCCUCUAUUGCAUCUAGCUGGUAUUUCAACAACUAUUGUUGAUGUACAAUCAGGAAGUCAUGCACGUAAUGUAAUAACAAAUUUGGAAACUCCUACCGAUGCUAUUAUUGUAGCAGGAGGAGAUGGUACCUUGUCAGAUGUUGUAACUGGUUUAAUGAGGAGAUAUGAGCAUAAUCUUCAUUCUGUUAAACAAUGUCCCAUUGGUGUUUUACCAUUGGGAAACACAAAUUCAAUCGCGAGCAUGUUUUAUCAAGGAUACAAAGAUUUAGCUGAUGUACAUCACAUGAUUGACGCAACAAUGGCAAUUAUUAAGAAUAAUCUUAAAUCAAUAGAUGCUAUUGAGAUCAAACCGCUGGAGAACAAUCCAGAAGAUCCCAUAAAACCGGUCUAUGCUGUAGGAAGCAUAAAAUGGGGAGCUUGGAGCGAUACACAUGCUCGUAUUGAUAAAUAUUGGUAUUGGGCUUCCUUGCGCAAGUAUGCAGCUUAUGUAUUCAGUGGUUACAAAUCCAAUUUAAAUUGGAAAUGCAAUGCAGUAAUUAAAUAUACCAAUCCUUGCAAAGGAUGUUCACAUUGUUACUCCAAAGAUUCAUCUUAUAAUCAGUCUACAAAUUUGAAUAGAAGAUGGUGGCAUGCAUUUUUACCAAAGAAACAAACACUCAUUUCUAAUAAUCAUAUCGAUUAUAGUAAAGUAGUGAAUGAAGAUUGUGGCACAUUUUAUGAGAUACCUAUUUCAACAACUGAACUAUGUAUAACAACAGAAAAUGUAAUGAAUGUACAGGUCCAAUCAACGCCUUCAUUAAAGGUAGCUCUAGGUCCAGAAAAUAUUAGUUAUAUUGCAUUUGUUGAGAAAGGAUGGAAACAAGAAAUGGACAAUGAAUUGCCAGUAAAUUCGAUAUUAGAUGCAAAAGAUAUUGAAUUAUAUCCCGAAAUGAAGAAGGAAGAUCAAAUGUUUUACAUUGACUACGAAGAGUACGAGUUAAAAUCAAUUCAAAUUAAAUUACUCUCACAAUCUAUAACAAUAUUCUAUCCUGAAUCAUACAGAUAACAUAUGUAUCCAAUAAUAUUAAAAGAACUAUUCAAAAUGUAUAUAAAUGUA